AUGCGCCCCUCGUCGCCUCCCACCUCGCCGACGUCUCUCUCCCGCUCCGAGACCAUCACUCUCCUCGUCCUCAGCGGCGUCUCGCUCUCCAUCCUUCUCAACACCUUCCAAGGCGAUGGCGAACCCCUUUUCGCCUCGCUGGCCCUCUCCAUUCUCGCCUUCAGCCUCUGCUAUGCCAUGAUCCGGUGGCUCGGCCCUACCUUCAUGCGCGCUGGCUUCCGUGGCCGUGACCUCAGCAAGACGACACGCAUCGAGAUUCCCGAGUGCAUGGGCGCCAUCUGCGCCGCCGUCUACCUCCUCACCGUCAUCGUAUUCAUUCCCUUCCCCUUCUACAAGGACAUCGUGGCCGCCACGUCUGGCGGCGGAAAUCGCGACGUCGUCCUGGAGCAGGAACACGUCGACCAUGGACGUUUCCUCCACCGCUUCCCACACAACAAGCUUGCCUCCUACCUCGGCGCCAUCAUAUCCCUCCAGACCAUUGCGCUGCUCGGAAUCGGCGACGAUCUCUUCGACAUUCGGUGGCGGCACAAGUGGUGGAUUCCGGGGCUCGCCAGCAUCCCCCUGCUCGUCGUCUACUUUGUCGACUUCAACGUCACCUCCGUCGUCAUCCCCGUCCAACUCCAACCAUACAUCGGGGAACUGUUCGACCUCGGCCCCUUGUACUACGUCUACAUGGCCUGCAUAGCCAUGUUCUGCCCGCAAAGCAUCAACAUGCUCGCCGGCAUAAACGGCAUCGAGGUGUCCCAGUGCCUCGUCAUCGCCGCCCUCGUCGCCUUCAACGACUGCCUAUACCUCUUCACACCCUACCCGCACCCAGCCACCGACUCGCACCUGUUCUCGCUCUACUUCCUCCUCCCGUGGAUAGGCGUGUCCGCAGCCCUCCUCCGCCACAACUGGUAUCCCGCCAAGGUCUUUGUUGGCGACACAUACUGCUACUUCUCGGGCAUGGUCUUCGCCGUCGUCGGCAUCCAGGGCCACUUCUCUAAAACGCUGGGCCUCCUCCUCAUCCCCCAAUUCUUCAACUUUGCCUACUCGGCGCCCCAAAUCUUCGGGCUCGUCCCCUGCCCGCGCCACCGCCUCCCCAAAUUCAGCCCCCGAACAGGUCUCAUGGAACCGUCCGUCACGCCGUGGAGCCCUGACCGCCAGCCGCGCCCGCUCGUAGCACAGAGCCUCCGUCUUCUCGGGAAACUGCACUUGCUCAAGGUAACCGUUGACGAAAAGGGCAACUUUGUGGAAACGAGCAACUUCACCAUUUUGAAUCUGUGGCUGGUGUGGAGGGGCCCCCUGCGGGAAGAUCGACUGGCGACGGAAAUCACCUUGCUGCAGCUGCUCGUCGGCCUGUUUGGUCUGUUUGUAAGACACAGGCUGGCCUUGUUGGUCUUUAAGGAAGACAACUGGGGCACCACCGCGUAUUAG